AUGCACAGCGUUUUUCGAAUUGGUGACAUUCGAAAACUUGAUAAGAAAAGUCCACUUUAUGAAGUGGAUCUUAAACUUACCUCAGAUGAUGAUCAACAACUUCGUCAAUUAACCGACCGCAUACGAGAAGAGGUCAACGGCACUGGAUGGUAUCGAAUGGGUCACUUACUGCUCAAAAUUGGUCAAUUUGACAAGGCCGAAGAAUUGUACAUGGCACUACUAGAACAGGCUCCUAACGACAGUGAUAAAGCACAUAUCUAUCAUAUGCUUGGAAUGAUGAAAUAUGGCAAAGGGCAAUAUACAGAAGCAGCUUCAUUUUACGAAAUGUCUCUCGAAAUCUAUCGAAGAACUCUUCCAGAAGAUCACCCUUCAUUAGCUAAUACCUACAACAACAUCGGUGGAGUGUAUUAUAACAUGGGUGACCACUCUAAAGCAGUGGAAUUCUACGAAAAAACAAUUAAAAUAAAAGAAAAAGCUUUGUCUCCUGAUGACCCGGAUUUGGCUCUGUCCUACAACAACAUCGGUCUCGUGUAUAAGAACAUGGGUGACUACUCGAAAGCACUUAAGUUUUACGAAAAAGCACUUAAAAUAAGAGAAAAAGCUCUGCCUUCGAAUCAUCCCGAUUUGGCUGCUUCCUACAACAACAUCGGUCUCGUGUAUGACACCAUGGGUGACUACUCGAAAGCACUUGAAUUUCACGAAAAAGCACUUAAAAUAAAAGAAAAAUCUCUGUCUCCGAAUCAUCCCUCAUUGGCUACUUCCUACAACAAUAUCGCUUCGGUGUAUGACAACAUGGGUGACCACUCGAAAGCACUUGAAUUUUACGAAAAAGCACAUAAAAUCUUCGAAAAAGCUCUGUCUCCGAAUCAUCCCUCAUUGGCUACUUCCUACAGCAACAUCGGUGGAGUGUAUAACAACAUGGGUGACUACUCGAAAGCACUUGAAUUUUACGAAAAAGAUCUCGAAAUCACGAAAAACGCUCUGCCUUCGAAUCAUCCCUCAUUGGCUACUUCCUACAACAAUAUCGGUAUGGCGUAUUCCGGCAAAGGUGACUACUUAAAAGCACUCUCAUUCUUAGAAAAGGCACUUGUUAUCUUCCAAAAAUCACUUCCACCUAACCAUCCUAAUAUUAAAGCUGUCACAAGCUCAAUUGACAAUGUAAAAAAGAAAAUGUAA